AUGUGGUUUCUCUGGCAGCAUAUCACUGUACCCGCACGGCGGUCGCCGACGAGCGAUAUUUUCCACAGUUUGCGCCAAUUUUCAAUGUUCCCCCCCCCCCCCCCGCACCCCGCACCCCUCUUGAAUAAGCCGGCCUCGAUUGUUGUGCAGACUUGGUGUGCAGGCGUGUCGCUUCGAGCGCUCCGUUGCGAGAGCGGUAAUUUCGAGCGGGAAAAAAGGCCUCCGCCAUGCCACUCCGGCCGCGUGCUGAGUAAUGGGUCGGUGAAGGUCGCGGCGAGUGUUCAUUUCUUCCGAAACCGACUAGUGUCUGAAUACUGCGCCCAUCUGGCAGCGAGUGCCGACCCAGUCGCAUACGUC